GUCGACAGAGCAGAACAGAAGAAAAUAGUUUUGGGCUUUGGAGGUGUUGUUCCGCCGCCGAAACGACAUGGCAAGGACAGGAGUGAACACAAAUCUUCCAAUACAUCAGUGGCCAAUUCAGAGUGGUUUUAAUCUCAUACGGUUGUUGCACUUCACAAAACCUCGCCUCUCAAUUUCGCUGCGAAAUGGAACUCUGUCUUCUUCCACGCGUCUCCCCACUCUGCGUCACCGUCCUACCCUACACCCUUUAUGGAGUCCCAAGCUUCCCCUCAGGAGUCCACAGCUCAAGUGUUCGGCUUCCCUUGAAUCCGAUUCAUCAUCGGGUUACUAUUCCGACCCGCCUUCUAUUGUGGAGCAACAAACAGGAAUUCUAAAGAUUCUGAAGGAAUCAAAUUCUCUUUUGCCUCAUGUAGUCCUUGCUAGUACACUGCUUGCUCUAGUCUACCCACCUUCUUUCACAUGGUUUACCAGCAGAUAUUAUGCACCUGCACUAGGGUUUUUGAUGUUUGCAGUAGGGGUUAAUUCAAGUGAAAAGGACUUCCUUGAAGCAUUAAACAGGCCAGGAGCAAUAGUUGCUGGUUAUCUUGGCCAAUUUGCUGUGAAGCCUUUUCUCGGCUAUCUAUUUGGCAUACUGUCAGUAACUGUAUUUGGUUUGCCAACAGCAGUAGGAGCUGGAAUUAUGCUGGUGUCUUGUGUUAGCGGGGCACAGCUCUCCAAUUAUGCAACUUUUCUAACGGACCCACCAAUGGCACCAUUAAGCAUAGUCAUGACAUCGUUGUCUACUGCUUCAGCAGUUUUUGUCACUCCACUCUUAUCAUUAUUGCUCAUUGGAAAGAGAUUGCCUGUGGAUGAAAGAAUGGUAUCUAGCAUCAUGCAGAUUGUGGUGACACCAAUUGCUUCAGGCUUGCUUCUGAAUCGCUUCUUUCCUCAUUUGUGCAAUGCUGUACGACCAUUUUUGCCUCCACUAUCAGUUCUGGUAACAGCUCUCUGUGUUGGAGCGCCCCUUGCUAUCAAUAUUGAGUCGGUUAAGUCUCCCUUUGGAGUUACUAUCUUGUUGCUUCUUGUUGCUUUUCAUACAUCAGCUUUUGUAGCUGGUUAUAUGUUUAGUGGACUUCUCUUCCACAAUGCUCCUGAUGUGAAGGCACUGCAGAGGACAAUUUCCUUUGAGACAGGAAUGCAGAGUAGCCUCCUUGCCUUGGCUCUUGCUAAUCGGUUUUUCCCUGAUCCGAUUGUGAGCGUGCCUCCUGCAAUAUCUACUGUAAUUAUGUCUCUGAUGGGAUUCGCUCUUGUAUUGCUUUGGACCAAGAGGAAAGAAUAAGAAAUGGAUGAAAUGCAGCACCAGGAAGAUACACAAUGUAUGUGAUUUGCCAAAUCCUUUAUGUUUGUGGGCUUUGGCAAGUCCCAUUUGGGCAAUGUGGUGUGAAACCAUGUACAUAUGUAAUCAAUGAAAUCUCUGUUGAAAAUUUUGCGCUGAAGUUUUUGCAAACCUCUGGCCUCUGCAAUUUACGAGUAAAUUUAUGUGUGUAGUUGGAAAAGGGGAAAAGAAGCUUCCUCUUUUUUCUUU